CAUUUCGAGACAAGUCUUAUCUUGAACGGAUCUUUGCUUCCCUCGCUCCCUCUCCGAGUCCACUUCGGACUCUACCCUUGCUUUCCCUGAGCUCACUUCGAGCUCACUUCUUCUUUUGCCGUUGAGUCCCCUUUGGACUCUAACACCUGGGCACACUGGACGAGCCGGGUGUCGUCAGAGACGUCACUUUCAUUCACGGGAAUGGUCUCUGCCCACCCCAAUGUUCAAGUGGCCUCUAUCCGCUCGAGGAAUACGUCAUCGACAACCUACCCAGCCUCGACCUGGGUACCAUCCGGGUCGUCCAUUGGCGCCCAGCCCAGAUCGUGCGGUUCCUCGGCACCACGGACAGGAUUGACCAUGGUGGUGGCAUCCGGCUCAUCUACAUGCCGCCCGACGAUGUCACGGACGACGAGAUGCUGGAGAUGAGGAAUGCACCCGACUGCCCUGUCUUUCACGAACUCGACAUUCGUAGGUGCACCAGCCUCCAGUCUCUGGCAUGCUUGCCAGCUCGCAUGUUCAACCAGACCUUGCAUCUGCCCCCAUCGCUCAAGCGCCUCGACAUACCGAGGGAUACCGUCGACUCGCUCCGUCAGUCGCUGGAGCACCUGGAGCUUUCGCUUUGUUUUUCAGUCGAGUACACCCCCACAGGCACUGCAUUUCUUGGCCGCCUGGAGAAGCUCUCGUAUCUCGCCAUACACGACGGGUGUGUCAGCCUCGAUUGGCUCCCGAGCCGGCUCUCGUGCAAGUCCCUCUGGCUCGCCAUCUACAGCGACACCCGCAUCGAGCCACCCAUUGCCCGCCAGAGGCUCGUGAGUCUCGUUGGAAUCGAGAGGAUCGCACCGUGGCUCUCCAAACUCAGUGGUCAUCAGCGACUGGAAACGCUGACUGGCCUACCAGCACGCCCACCACCGAUGCUCCGUGACGUGGAUAUCAGCGACUGUUGGUUUAUUAAGAGUCUCGAGCCAUUGCUCGCGUAUCGAGAUGUACAUGUCACUUAUCCACCCAGCGAGCGUAUGCAGUGCCUGAACAAAGACGAACUCUGUGUCGUCAGGCGAUUGAAUGGGCAGUCCAGCAUCGCACGCAUCGCUGCAGUGCUCGGGAGCCCAACGGACUCGCAGAAGAAAAAGAAGAUCAAGGCCUCUGUCACAUUCAGAUUAUCGAAGAGUCGUAAGCGAGCUUUGCCUUCACCGGUCGAUCCUUCCACGACCAGCCUUGGUAUCGACACUCAGCCGUCUCAGCCAAAGAAGAAGCGCCGUGCUUGGAACAAAAAGCCUCCCCUAGAUCCCAAACAGAAACUAUACAAUGGGCAUCCCAUUGUCGACCCUUUCCCAAGGGAUAUGCUUCCAAUGAACAUCAUGAAAUCACCCACGUGGUUCGAGAAGCCGGUCAUCUACCUCGACAAGUGUGAUCGCUUCAUGCAAUCCACCUGGCUUGGCCGAGUCAGUACAAUCAAGAUUCCUGGGAGAGUCCCACGCUACUUCAUGGAUGCCCGUGAACUUAUCGCAAAAGCAGACGGUUGGAUAUUCACCUCAUACGACGAGCCCGAAGAUCGAUCGGAAAACACCAGAGCCAGACAUUCCAUUCAAACUAAGUGGUCCACAACGCUCAGUUACGUGGCUGCGAUUUACAUUAAUUUUGCAGAUCACAGUCAUCACGACGUCCCCUACGUUAGCGAGGCUGGUAUGUUGGAAAUAAUGCAAAAGGGGUUGGGUACACUUUCGGAGCAGUGGCGAGCUAAAGGUAAUGAUAUUGUGAGGGCGAUUUUUGGCGUCGACAAUGAGGCGAUUGAGAAGACGAAGCGAGAAAUUCAACAGCAUCUUAAAAAUGGCGAUAACGAAAACAGAUAUUUUGUUAUUCAGAGUGGUGUUAAGUUUCAGAAAGCUGAAUAAAUGACACCCUUGGUUGUCUUAGUAGAUGGCUCGCGAAGCAUCUGCGCCCGAGGACACCUUUGCGGGAGACGCUCAGUAUAUCGCCCGUGGUUGUCUUAGUAGAUGGCUCG